CCACAGCAAAAGUUUGACGUUUAAUUUUUUGAAAUUGCGCUCGUAACUGUAACCACCAAUUUAAAUGUAUAGAAGGUGAUUGGCAAGUAAUUAAUUAUACUCAUUACUACAUUAUGUCCAAUACAUUUUUUUAUUUUGCAUAUGGGAGUAAUCUACUUUCUAAGAGAAUUCGUAUAAAUAAUCCAAGUGCAAGAAGAGUAGGCAUAGGAAAACUUGCUGAUCAUCGUUUAGACUUUAUUACUUACUCCACUCGCUGGAAGGGUGCUUCAGCAACGAUCGUGCCUCAUAAGGAGCAUUAUGUGUGGGGUGCAAUAUGGGAAAUAAGUAAUAAUGAUAUGCCUCACUUGGAUAGACAAGAAGGUGUUCAUGUCAAUAUUUAUAAACCUUUGCAUGUACAAGUUCAACUUUUAAAUGAGUCUUUCCUGGAAUGUCGUGUUUACAUGCAAACCAUUAUUCCUGACUAUGUAGAAUACAUAGAACAUCUACCCUUUGAAAGAUUUCCUUCUGGAAUUUAUAUAACAACAAUACUAAAAGGUGCUGAAGAAUGUAAUUUGCCAGAGAAAUAUGUGAAGUUUCUGAAAAGAGUACCCAAAAAUGAUUACUUUGGAAAUGCAGAACUAAAGCUGGAACUUGACAUAAUAGAUUGAUUGAUAAGGGGACCCUAUGAUUAUGCGAGUAUAUAGUUAAAGUAUACAUGGAACCAUAAUAAACUUAGUUCAAAGAUUUUAUUAUUUUUAAGGUAAGACCAUUUACUUACAGAAAUUUAUUUUAGUAGUACUUAUUUAGUUCAACAUAUAAGUUAAUUGAGAAGAAAUGG